AUGCCGCGCACCCAUCGUAACCUAUUUGAAUUCAAAAUCGACACAUCAACCCUGCUGAGCCUCCUUUCCGGCCCUGCUUCCCCUCCUUCCCGCCCCUGCUUCCCCUCCUUCCCGCCCCUGCUUCCCCUCCUUCCCGCCCCUGCUUCCCCUCCUUCCCGCCCCUGCUUUCCCUCCUUCCCGCCCCUGCUUCCCCUCCUUUCCCCCCUUGCUUUCCCUCCUUCCCGCCCCUGCUUCCCCUCCUUUCCCCCCUUGCUUUCCCUCCUUCCCGCCCCUGCUUCCCCUCCUUUCCCCCCUUGCUUUCCCUCCUUCCCGCCCCUGCUUCCCCUCCUUUCCCCCCUUGCUUUCCCUCCUUCCCGCCCCUGCUUCCCCUCCUUUCCCCCCUUGCUUUCCCUCCUUCCCGCCCCUGCUUCCCCUCCUUUCCCCCCUUGCUUUCCCUCCUUCCCGCCCCUGCUUCCCCUCCUUUCCCCCCUUGCUUUCCCUCCUUCCCGCCCCUGCUUCCCCUCCUUCCCGCCCCUGCUUUCCCUCCUUCCCGCCCCUGCUUCCCCUCCUUUCCCCCCUUGCUUUCCCUCCUUCCCGCCCCUGCUUCCCCUCCUUUCCCCCCUUGCUUUCCCUCCUUCCCGCCCCUGCUUCCCCUCCUUUCCCCCCUUGCUUUCCCUCCUUCCCGCCCCUGCUUCCCCUCCUUCCCGCCCCUGCUUCCCCUCCUUCCCGCCCCUGCUUUCCCUCCUUCCCGCCCCUGCUUCCCCUCCUUUCCCCCCUUGCUUUCCCUCCUUCCCGCCCCUGCUUCCCCUCCUUUCCCCCCUUGCUUUCCCUCCUUCCCGCCCCUGCUUCCCCUCCUUUCCCCCCUUGCUUUCCCUCCUUCCCGCCCCUGCUUCCCCUCCUUUCCCCCUUGCUUUCCCUCCUUCCCGCCCCUGCUUCCCCUCCUUUCCCCCCUUGCUUUCCCUCCUUCCCGCCCCUGCUUCCCCUCCUUUCCCCCCUUGCUUUCCCUCCUUCCCGCCCCUGCUUCCCCUCCUUCCCGCCCCUGCUUCCCCUCCUUCCCGCCCCUGCUUCCCCUCCUUCCCGCCCCUGCUUCCCCUCCUUUCCCCCCUUGCUUUCCCUCCUUCCCGCCCCUGCUUCCCCUCCUUUCCCCCCUUGCUUUCCCUCCUUCCCGCCCCUGCUUCCCCUCCUUUCCCCCCUUGCUUUCCCUCCUUCCCGCCCCUGCUUCCCCUCCUUCCCGCCCCUGCUUCCCCUCCUUCCCGCCCCUGCUUCCCCUCCUUCCCGCCCCUGCUUCCCCUCCUUUCCCCCCUUGCUUUCCCUCCUUCCCGCCCCUGCUUCCCCUCCUUUCCCCCCUUGCUUUCCCUCCUUCCCGCCCCUGCUUCCCCUCCUUUCCCCCCUUGCUUUCCCUCCUUCCCGCCCCUGCUUCCCCUCCUUUCCCCCCUUGCUUUCCCUCCUUCCCGCCCCUGCUUCCCCUCCUUCCCGCCCCUGCUUCCCCUCCUUUCCCCCCUUGCUUUCCCUCCUUCCCGCCCCUGCUUCCCCUCCUUUCCCCCCUUGCUUUCCCUCCUUCCCGCCCCUGCUUCCCCUCCUUUCCCCCCUUGCUUUCCCUCCUUCCCGCCCCUGCUUCCCCUCCUUUCCCCCCUUGCUUUCCCUCCUUCCCGCCCCUGCUUCCCCUCCUUUCCCCCCUUGCUUUCCCUCCUUCCCGCCCCUGCUUCCCCUCCUUUCCCCCCUACUUUUCCUCCUUCCCGCCCCUGCUUCCCCUCCUUUCCCCCCUUGCUUUCCCUCCAUCCCGCCCCUGCUUCCCUUUUUUCCCCCCUACUUUUCCUCCUUUCCGCCCCUGCUUCCCCUCCUUUCCCCCUCUUCCUUCCCCUCUUUUCCCUCCUACCUCCCCCCUGUAUCCCCUCCUUUCCCCCCUGCUUUUCCUCCUUUCCGCCCUUGCUUCCCCUCCUUUCCCCCACUUUCUUUCCCUCCUUCCCCCACCUUGCUUCCCCUCCUUUCCCCCACUUUCUUCCCCACCUUUCCCCCAAUUUCUUCCCCUCCUGUCCCCCACUUUCUUCCCCUCCUUUCCCCCAAUUUCUUCCCCUCAUUUCCCCCACUUUCUUCCCCUCCUUUCCCCCACUUUCUUCCCCUCCUUUCCCCCACUUGCUUCCCCUCCUUCCCCCACCUUGCUUCCCCUCCUUUCCCCCACUGCAUCCCUCCUGUCCCCAACUGCAUCCCUCUACCCUCCCAACACCCUUAUAUUCCUCACCAUCUGCCCUCUUCACCUUCAUUUUUCCCGGCCCUUCCAUCCCAUCCCUCUCGUCCCUUUCAUCUCCCUGCCAACACACCUGUCAAGACACUGGCAGGGUGUGUGGCACCGUGCCAUUCUGCCUACUCCAGCAGGUGAAGCACGUGCUUGACACCAUGGCGCCAGCUGUCGGCCUCUCAGUGGCUCUCAUCAACGGCCAGUCAUCGCUCGCUGACGAGGCAAUCCACCUGAGGGGCUCUUCACAUUCUGUUUCUCCUCUUCCCCCUCACAGCACGUCCCCAUUGGGUCUUCACACAAACGUUUCUGCAUACUCUGAUAAUUGGUAG